UAACCUUAUAUACCUGUGGAAAUAUAUCCAAAAAUUUGCAUUUUUAUACACGAAAUACUUGUGAAAAGAAUCGAAUCUUGUGUCAUUUUAUCGCGCAUGAAAACAUUUCGCAAAAUCUCUUAUCACUGAGUACCAUGUGGAGGGGGAAUGCGUUGAUUAUGCAGUUGUUACAGCCUUUAACACACUUGAUUGUAAAACACUUGUGUCUUGUGUAGAUCUCGGCGUCACAGUCAUCUAGUGAAAAGUGCGUUCUACGAUAACUGAUUUGGAUAUGAAUACACGAAGACGACUGUUCGAUGCAACUGUGCGUUCCGUAGUUAAAAAUUUCUCAGUUUUCACCAUCGUUAUCAAUAACGAUGUCUCUAAUUAUGUACAUAUGUCAAAGUGCUAUCAAUGUGUGGUAAUUUAUGUGCAGUCAAUGUUUGCGUACACCUAUCGCGCCUUCAAGAUAACUGAUCUGUUGUCACGCGUACAUCGGUCUAGCUCGAACUUAUAUAAACACAUACGCACAGCGUAAGCGAUUAAACCGAUGUCGUAUAUCGUGUGAGUCGCUUGCUUAUGUACCUGAGAUGUUCCUGAAAAAUUCAUAACAUUUUGCGGUGAUUUGCGCGUAUUCGCGAGUGUACAAGAUGAGCAUAAUAGUAAAUUCAUUCAAUAAGUUCGUCGAUUAUUUUCCAAAAGACCUCGGAAAACUUUGGUACAUUGUCAGCCCAAAGGAGACGACCUUCGAGUUUUUACACGAUGUGCCGGACUAUCAACAACAGAUAUGGAUGCCGUUUUUUCUGCUGUUAAUUCUGGAGCAAUUAAUAUUGAGGAAAAAAAGAUUCCGUUUAAAUGAUCAAGUGACGUCGUUAUCUCAUUGGAUGCUCCACGAAACUGUACGAAUUUUUUCUCGAGGAGCCGAAUACUGUGCAUACAUCGCCAUUUAUGAGAGAUUCGGAAGAGGAUGCGCUUUACCCUGGAACUCGUUAUGGACAUGGUAUAUUACCUUCAUUGCUGUGGACUUUUGUUACUAUUGGGCUCAUCGCAGUAAUCAUGAAGUUCACUUUUUGUGGGCCUACCAUCAAGUGCAUCACAGCAGCGAGGAAUUUAAUCUUGCGGUUGGUCUGCGACAAUCUAUUCUGCAACACUGGUGCAACUUCAUAAUUUAUUUACCCCUUGCUUUAUUCAUACCACCAUCGCAUUUUAUGGUUCAUAAUCAACUUAAUUUGAUAUAUCAAUUAUGGAUACAUACAACAGUUAUUGGUGAUCUUGGACCACUUGAAUUGAUUUUUAACACGCCUAAGCAUCAUCGCGUUCAUCAUGGCUGCAAUCUUUACUGUUUGGAUAAAAAUUACGGUGGAGUACUUAUAAUAUGGGAUCGAUUGUUCGAUACAUUUCAAGAGGAGGAACGAAACGAACAGAUAGUUUACGGACUGGUAGUUAAUAUUGAAUCAUUUAAUGCAUUUUACCUGCAGGUAUUUUACUUGAAGGAUUUAAUUAAGAAAAGUUUAAGUAUGAGUACGUGGACUGAUAAAUUUGCUGUUUUCUGGAAAGGACCUAGCUGGUUUCCCGGUGGACCACGUUUGGGUUUAGACGAAUUUAAAAUAAAGGUAAAAUCCAGAGCCGUAUACGAUCCAUACAUAUCAAAAUGGCAAAAAAUAUACAUCAGUGUGCAGUUUUUAAUGGUUCUUCUCAAUCAUUAUAAACUAUACGAACCACAAUAUCAUGAGAAUUUAGGCGAUUCUUGGAUUAGAACUACAGUGGCAAAUAAUUUAAUUGCUCUCGUUAGCAUCGGUUUAUUAUUUGAUAAGUGUGCGUUUAUAUACUCUAACUUUAUUGAGAUCGUGCGCUGUGCCUUUUAUGUGUACUUUAUGCGUAUGCAUGAAGAUAACUUAAUCGAUUAUUUAAUAUAUUAUGUACAUAUGUUUCAAUUAAAUUUUAUUUGGAUACCUUUAUUUAUAUAUAAAAUUUAUGCACAUAUAUAUAACCGUUUCUUCAAUCGCACGCGAAAUUGAAUUUAAUCAAAGGUCUUGAAAAGAAGAAUUGAGUACUUAUAUCAUCACAAUUUUUAAGUAUUAUGCAUGAAAAGACUUAUGAAACCUCUUUGUAUCAAAAUUGACAUAUUAAAAAAUUUAAACUUGUUUUAUUAUAUCAUAUGUAUAAAGUAUAAACGAAUCAUAAUUUAUAAUGCAUGUAAAAUGUCUAGAUGACAUGUGUAAAAUUGUUCUCUCAUUAACAAAAAAAAUUUGGCAAUAAAUUUUAAUUUACAAUAA